UACAAUUUCUAAUCCAAAGAAGUUUAGCCUAGAAGAAGCAAUGGAUCGUAUUUGUAAGCUGUUAUUUCUUCUAGUGGUACUCGUAGUAUGUGUGGAAGUGGAAGCAGAAAGUUGGGACCAGCCCUACUCCUAUGUGAAUGAAGGAGAACUGGGGGAGUAUACAGUGGAGUACGGUGCUAGUUAUCGAGCCUUACCCUUAUCAUCUGCUGGAGCCAUAUUUCAGUUGGCAUUCUUCAACACCACGCCCAAUGCAUAUGCUCUGGCUAUUCGCAUGGGGUACUACAGCUACGCUGAAACCAUGCGCUUCGUGUGGACGCCAAACAGACACCACCUCGUCUCGGAGAAGGCUACUCUCAACUUCACAAGCCGAGGAGAUCUAGUGCUCUUCGAUGCCGAUGGCACCCUCGUCUGGUCUACCAACACUGCAAAUAAGGGUGUCGUAGGGGUCGAACUACGCAGCAACGGAAACAUGGUGCUCUAUGACAAAAAGAACAGAACUGUGUGGCAGAGCUUCGAUUUCCCCACAGACAGUCUCUUGGUUGGGCAGUCUUUAGACAUAAGCCGAGUGAAGAAGCUGGUGAGCCGGAUUUCGGAGAAGGACGGUUCGGAGGGGCCUUACAGUCUGGAAAUGGAAGCCGGGGGCUUUGCGCUCUACGCCAGUUUGCCAAACCCUCUGGCGUACUGGACUCUCAGCUUCUACGACAAUGAAAGAAAAGACUUGUUCAGCAUCAAGCACACUUGUGAGCGGCCGGUUGCGAGCAUCACCUUCCUCAGCGACUCCGAGGCCCGCAACGGGUUCCGCCAGAUAAUCGAAAUGCAACUGAGCAAUUCGAGCGCUCCGGCACAGCAGAGAUCACCCGAGCUUUGCAAUCUCACUUCCCAAUCCACAGUUAGCUACGGCUUCAAUUUUCCCAGGUUUAAUACCACCUUGUCGUUUCUAAGGCUGGACUGGGAUGGAAAUCUGAGAAUGUAUACAUACUCUCCUGAUGUGGAAGGCAAUACUUGGGAUAUCACAUAUGAGCGGUUUAAGAGCGGAGAAGGAAUAUAUGGGUGUGGUCCACCGAGAAAGUGUGGGUCUCUUGGGGUGUGCCAAGACAGCAGUUGCGUGGCGUGCCCUCAGCCUGAUGGUGUCAAGGCCUGGAGCCCUAAUUGCUCUUCUCCAAAGCUGCCCUCCUGCAGUGCCAAAAACUCUGCUUCCCUGGACUUCUACAAACUGGUUGGGGUGGAUCAUUUCUCUAACAAAUAUGAGGGAGGAAUUGGUAAGUUAACGGUGGUGGAAUGCAAGAGGAGGUGUUUGAGCGACUGUAAGUGCGCCGCCUUCUUCUAUUGGCAGGAGUCGUCGACAUGCUUCCUUACACAGAGCUUAUAUACUCUGCAGCAACUUGGCAACACCACGCAUCUUGCCUUUAUUAAGUACGCGAAAAAACUGUAAUGGUCGUCUCAUCUUAAUGAGUAUAUGAAAUAGAAUAAACGGAAUCGUUAUCUCCUAGGAAAUACGGUCCCGCUAAAAUAGGGUGUUAAAAAAAAAUAAAACCAGAGUCCCCAUGCCUCUGCCUGUUGGAUGGGUUUUAAAAUAUUUAUCGAAGUAAUAUUGUAAGUUCAUUUUUACGCUAUUUGUUUCUUGAAACAAUGUAAUUACAAAAGAGGUAUAAAGUUUACACCUUACUUUUA